AUGAGUGAGCUGGCGAACAUUAUCGUACGCCGGGGCCAGCUAAAAGGCCAAUUAACUCACAUAGCAAAUUACAUCCGCGAUAAUAAAGGUAGUCCAGAUAUCGAUCAAAUUACGGUAAGAUUGGAAAAGACCACAGAAACAUGGCAUGAAUUUCAACAAGUUCAAGCGCAAAUUGAAGAAGAAACCGAGACAACUAAUGAGAGCGAGAAAUACCGUAGCGAGUUCGAGGAGUUCAACGACGAAGCAAAUGGUCAUGCAAGCCUACAGCCCGUACAGUCGGCAAUCAAGUUAGCUGCUAUCGAGAUACCAAGGUUUACAGGAGUGUAUACAGAGUGGGCCGCAUUCUACGAUAUAUAUAUGGCGUUAAUACACGAUAAUAAAUUGAUGAGCGACAUUCAAAAAUUUUUUUAUUUACGAUCGUGUCUCAGUGGAGAUGCGAAAAAGGUUAUAGAUUGUCUGCAAACUACGACGGAAAAUUAUCAAGUAGCAUGGACAAGUUUAAUCAUGAGGUACGACAACAAAAGGGUGUUGAUCCAGGUACGCGUGAAAGCGUUAUUUGAUCUACAGCCACUGAAAAAAGAGUCGGCAGUACAUUUGCAUACGCUAAUUGACACGGUGUCUGGUCAUUUAAAAGCGCUUGAGUCUUUAGGGCAAACUCCAGACAGUUGGGGCGUAUUGUUAUCUCAUUUAAUAACGUCAAAACUGGAUGCAAACACGAGACGAGCAUGGGAAAGCGAAGCGACCAAGAUGGAAGAUUUCAUAGUGCCAAUACUAAUAGAUUUUUUAAAAUCACGUUUUCGAAUUUUGGAGGUGAUAGAAUCAAAUAAAAACAUGAAUACGCAGGUACCAACAGACAUUCCAAGGUUCAAGAAAUCAGGGGACAGGUCUUCAUCAUUUACAACUACCACAUCUUUCAGAUGCUAUAAUUGCAAUGGCCCACACUCAAUUUAUAAAUGUACCAAAUUUCUAGCACUCACAAUACUAGAGAGAAUAAAAAGAAUUAAUGACUUAAAAUUAUGUAACAUAUGCUUACGCGCACACUCCGAUAAAUGUAAGUCACGUAAUUGUCCGAAAUGCGCGCGUCCACAUAAUGGAUUGCAUUCGUCGCGCACUAAUAAUAAUAAUAUACAUACAGGCGGUGCGGGGAACAGCGGCGAAUCGUCCAACACCACUCCACCUGCGGAGAACGAUAGAAAUGAUAUCGCUAAUGAGGCAAUGAUUAAUAGCGCACCCGCAUCGGUAAAUGCUCAUGCACGUCAAAAUAGUGAAGCAGGUCAGGUAUUGUUAUCAACGGCCGAGAUUCUCGUAUUCGACAGUCAAAAUAAACCGGUUUUGUGCCGUGCGUUACUGGAUAGUGGAUCGCAGCACAAUUUUAUGACCGAGUCAUUGACCCGGCGUUUAAAUUUAAAACGAAUAAAGUCAUCAUGUUCAAUAAUCGGCAUAAAUGAUGCAUCGCAUACGUCAACGUACAAAGUAACAACUACUAUUAAAUCGCGUAUAUACGACUAUUCAUUAAAUUUGGAAUUUUUCGCACUUCCCAAUUUAACGAGCAAGUUACCGUUGAUGCCGGUCAAUCUGACAGAACUGAAGGUCCCGGUGGAUAUAAGAUUGGCGGAUCCAUCUUUCCACGUGCCUAAAAAGGUAGAUAUCAUUUUAGGCGCCGAAAUAUAUUUUGAAUUACUAACUAAAGAACAAAUUCAGACAGUUUCACGGGGGCCAAUUUUCCAGGGCACUCGUUUAGGUUGGGUUAUCGCGGGACCCAUCCCUUCGCCAUAA